CAUUCUUCCACUGUUAGUUUAGCGCUCUAUACUUUUAUUUAUUUAUUUAUUUAUGGACUUGCUAUAAGGCUGGACUUCUACUGAGUGGCCAGGAUGGACAAUGACAACAGCAUGAGUUCAGACAAGGUAAUGGACACUAAGGCGGUAUUUACAGCCCUGUAUGAAGUGUGUGAGGAGAAUGCCACCUUCUUUUCUGGGGGGCCGAAGGGGCCGACGGGUGAUGCUGCACAGAAACUGGUAGAUGCGAUGCUGACCAUUCAGACACAUGCACGCAGCCUGGAGCCCGUUAUCUCUGGAUUUGCUGCCAUUUACCACCACUUUGACUUUGACCCUCACAUUCCUGCCAAUGGAUACCGCUCAUUAGUGAAGGUGGUCCGAUGCUGUCUCCUCCACAUUAUCCACAAGGGCCGCUACAUUGCGUCCAACAGGCGGAGCAUCUUUUUCCGUGCUGCUCAUAACGCUGGAGAGAUGGAGGCGUAUUGCAGUGCUCUGUGUCAGCUCAGGGCUCUGCUCUACCUGGCCCAGCGACUGCUGCAUGACAACAGCCACGGAAAUCUCUUCUUCCAGGAGGAGACUGGACUCAGCCAGAGCUUUCUAAGAGAGUACGCCUCCAUGCACAAGGGCUGUUUCUAUGGCCGCUGUGUUGGCUUCCAGUUCACUCCAUCGAUUCGGCCGUGUCUACAGAGUAUUGCUAUAGGCCUGGUCUCCUUUGGAGAGAAUUACAAGAAGCAUCAAUCUGGAAUAGUGGAUUCAACAGCUAUUGCAACAUAUGGUGUUGCUGCUAGUUCUUUUUUCACCUCAGGAAAAUUUGCCAUUGAUCCAGAGCUGCGGGGUCAGGAGUACGAGCGCAUCACUCAGAACUUGGACGUUCAUUUCUGGAAGACCUUUUGGAACGUUACUGAAACUGAAGUCCUUGCGGGUUUGGCCAGUAUGACUUCUACUCAAGUGAAGGUGAAUCGUGCCCUCUCUGUGCCACCUGUGUCCUUCGACCUCCCACUGGCGGCUGAUCCCACCCACACAGUAACAAUCUCUCCUCCUGUGGCCCAUAUUGGCCCUGGCCCAGUCCAGAUGAGACUCAUCUCUAAUGAACUGAGGGAGGGACAGGACAGUGAGAAGUUGUUGGCGAUGGCUCGUUCUGAGGGCAUCUCUCUGGGCAUCAAGCCUAAAAGGAGUCCCCCAUCACCUUGGCUUGUGGUGCACUACCAUGGAGGAGGAUUUGUGGCACAGACGUCCAAGUCACAUGAGCCCUAUCUGAAGAGCUGGUCUCAGGACCUCAACGCUCCAGUCCUGUCAGUAGACUAUUCUCUUGCUCCAGAGGCCCCAUUCCCAAGGGCUUUGGAGGAGUGUUUCUAUGCCUACUGCUGGGCCAUUAAGCACCACAACCUUCUCGGUUGGACUGGUGAGCGCGUGUGUCUGGCUGGUGAUAGUGCAGGAGGUAACCUCUGUGUGACCGUAUCAAUGAGGGCAGUGGCUCAUGGAGUGCGCUUGCCGGAUGGUAUCAUGGCCGCCUAUCCUGCCACCUUGCUCACCGCCUAUGCCUCGCCUUCCCGCCUGCUCAGCCUUAUGGACCCUCUUCUGCCUCUUAGUGUGCUCUCGCGCUGCCUCAGUGCUUAUGCAGGUAUGGACUCACAGGUGGAGAAACAGGUAGAGAAGGUCAGCACUCUGAGCAUGGUAAGGAGAGACACUGCUCUUCUCCUUAGAGACUUCAGACAAGGAGCCUCGAACUGGAUCCAUUCUCUCCUGGACCCCAACAGAGCCAGUUCAGACACUGUGAGGAACAGUGUGUCUGAUGGAACCCUGACUUCUCCACACAAGGAUCCUUCAGCUCCAGAGGCUUUGUCUGACUUCUCAGUGAGGAGAGAGUCUCUGAAAAGUCAGACCUGUCAGAACCUGACUACUCACACCACCAGCUCUACCAGCGCCAACAGUACCACAGUACACCAAAAUCCUGCCCUCAAUCCCACAUCACUCCCAGAGAGCAAGCCAGAGGAUGUCAGUUUCUUCCUUUCCAAAGAAGUAGAUCCCGCUGUGUUGAGAUCGAUCUCCGCUGUAGCUGUACCUCCCCCAGAGAGAGAGAAUGACUGUGAAAACCCCAGAGAAUUUCCUGAGGGCUUUGAGCCACUGCGCUCAGAGCAGCUUGCUGAGAUGAAGGUGGACCCUUCCCCUAUCUUCAGAAAUCCCUACAUGUCCCCCCUGCUGGCUCCAGACAACAUGCUAAAGGGACUUCCUCCUAUACACAUAGUGGCCUGUGCUCUGGACCCCAUGCUAGAUGACUCCGUGAUGUUUGCCAAACGACUGCGGAACGUGGAGCAGCCCGUGACUCUGUGUGUGGUGGAUGACCUCCCGCACGGCUUCCUCAGCCUGUCCCAGCUCUCCAAGGAGACCCGCGAGGCCUCCAACGUCUGCAUGGAGCGCAUCAGAGAGGUCUUCAUCGCGAACGACCCGCCUCCUGAGCUGCGCAAACACCGCAAACUGGAAAGGACGAAUUACGGGGCUUCAGGCACCAGAAGAGCUUCUAACAAGUUCUUUCAGAGGACCACUAGCAAAGAUGGCGGAGAGGGCGUAGUUUGAGGAGCUUUUACUGUAAGAUUUAAAGUGAAGACUGCUUUGUCUUGACUGGGAGAAUGAGAAUGAAGAGAGAAGGAGAAAGGUAGGUCAAGUUGAUGUAUGAAGUGUGAUAGAAGACUUUAUAGAAUCUCUAUGCAACAAUACAGUAGAUCAAGUCUAAUGGUGCAGUAUUGGAUCAAGAAUGUAGCAGUUUAUGUUGUUUUAAGGCACCGGUAAGCACAUAUAGCAAAUGUGAGCACAUAUAAACACACAUACACUCCUCAUCUAACAUAAACAAUGCCACUAUGCCUUUUUACUUUGCUGCUUUGCUAAGUUUAAUACUAAGCUUAUGAAGCUGCUCCAGCCACCAGCAAUGAGGACACUGUUCCUGCCUUCUAUAUCACUACAUUUGCUUCACUCUUACUGCCACUGUACUGCUUGAAGCCGAUUGGUCCUCCCGACCUGAUCCUCAUUCCUGCUAUUUUUUUAGUUUCUAUAUAUAUAAUGAGCAAGCCAAAUCAAAUAUCAAACGGUGACUUACAAAUAUAUUUAGGAGUUUAUAUAGUAUUCAUUGUUUGUUUAGAAAUGGUUAUAAAAGUUAAGCAGUGCUUCAUACAUAAGAGUUCCCAAAAACACUCAGUUGCAAAUACUUCUGAUGGUUCUUUGAACAAUGCCAUAAAAAACACAUAUUCGUUUUUUUUUUUUUCCUUAAAAAAUAAACAUUUUAAAUGGGUAAAGACUUUCAACAUAAACAGACUUUUUAGGAGUGUAAAAAAUGAUAUAUUGAAGUACAGUGAUUUUUUUUUUUGCAAUACUUUAUUGUAAAGGUGUGGUUAUUUCCAAUCACACCCUUCACUUUUGUUUUUCAAAAAUAUAACACAGAUUUUUAAAUUAGAUUUUUAUGUAAAGUGUGGUGUCUGACACUGGUUCAUUUUAAUUUAAACUCUGCCCACAAGGAUUCUUUAUUUUAUUUUAUUUUAUUUAUUUAUUUUUACUAAACUUUGAUUAAACAGUCACAAUGUCACCUUGCUUACAGUAUUGCAAUAUAAUGCAAUCUUUUGUACCGUAACACCAAUAUAUAGCUAUAUAUGGUAUCGCCAAGUUCCUGCCAAUCUAUAACCCUACAAAAAAAAACAAAAAAAAAAAAACAAGGUGGGUCUUCUCUGGUUUUGCUCAUAGUGGUUCCUUACCUGUCUGCACAUUUUAUUGUUUACCUUGCCUCCUGUAUAUUCGAUUUUAAUUAAUCCAUCCAGAAUUUGUAAUGCCAAAAACACAGCAUACUGUAAUUUUAAAUAGUAAAUAUCUAACUGUGUAUCUAGCUAAAAAAUAUAUAUAUGUAUACAAAAAAACAAAACCUCUUAGUGCUAUUUUACUGAUUCUGAUUUAGCAAAGCGCACUGGAAUAUGUUGUUUGAGAUGGGAAGAACCGUGAUUGGGCUGCUCCUUUAAUUACGAUGUUUCUAUUGUAUAAUUUGCACAUGACUGUACUCUAUUGAGUCUCUACUGAGGGUCAUUUCACUGGAAACAAAUUAAUCCCUACAAACGAACCCCUCUAUUUUAUUUUAUUAUAAAAUGUGCACAGUUGUCGACUGUCUAGCAUUUGCAAUAUUAUUAAUGUUGUUUUUUUGUUUGUUUGUUUUGUUAUUUUAGAUCUUGUUUUUAAUUGUUGUGAAUAUAUCCAUAUGGUGCUUUUCCACAGCAUGGUGUCCACACUAUUUCACUUGACUUUACUCUUGACUUUAUUUUUUGCAUUUCCAUUAUGCAAAUUUGGUACCUGCUACCUGCUGAAACUGGGUUUAUUUUUAGUUAUCAGUGUAAACUUUGUAGAGUGCUAAUUCUUAUUCAUUCUGUUGAGUUGAGUAGUAAGUGUGGGUACCAUGCAGUGGUAAAGCACUAAAAUGUGCAAAGCGUGGCUUCUCCUGGACCAGGGUUAGGAAUUACAGUUUUAUGGCAUCGUUCAAGGAAUUGCUUAAAAAGCACCUUUAUUUGUAAAAGUGUAGGUUAAAAUAUAAUUAUUACAAGUCAAUAUUUAUGUAUACUGUAUUAUAUUCUAUAGUGAUAACGUUUAUGGUAAAAGUCUUUAGCAUGAAAACCUUUGUAAAUCUUUUUUGGCAAAACAAACUGACAUGAAGAACCACAUUUAGCUUAGUAUAUCAGCCAUUGUGCCUAGUCUGCCUAUACACCCCAGGCCAUGCACUGCCAAUGGAAGCAUGUAUUCUCAUUAGUCGUGCAAGAGCACCAGAACACUAGCUCGUGCUUUUAUUCAUGUUAGGUCAUUAUAUAACUGAUGAUGCCCGUCUCUUGGGGGUACAGGAACAUGGAAGAUUUUAGCGCUUUACUUUUUUUUUUUUUUUCUCUCCUUCUUGUCCCUGGUUACUGGCCUCUCUUACUCCUCAUUGUCAAAGGCAUGUCUUGAGACCCUCUACAUGCUGACCCAUUUCUAGCACCCAGUGCAUGAAAGAGAUAUUUUAAGCCAAAUCCUGCACAACCUUGAACUAGUGAGCCAUUUCAACUAGCACAAGUCCCAGCACUCUCCCCAGUGUGUCAAUAAGAGGGCAAAGAAUAAGGUCGUUCUGUUUUUUUUAUUUUUUACUAUUUUUUAUUUUGCCAGUAUUUUAUAUACAACAAAAAAAACUGAUUUGGUUUCACCCUGUUCAGUUUGCCCAUCAGGAAGGAAGACCAUAAUGCUGAUGAAACCAAAUGGCUGAAGCUAAGCUUUAGAAGUGAUUCCACUAUUGUAAAUUGUGUUUGUUGUAAGGAAGGACUUAGGGAUGUUGGGGUGUCGUGGUUAGUGACUGUGUAUCAGUAUAGUUUCUGUUGAGAUGUUAGAUGCUACCUCCUCCUGCUGAACCUUUUUUUUUUUAGUUGAGCUCAUACCUCAGACAUGAACUCUGCAGUAUUGGUAGUAUUGGUCGUUUGCAGAUCUGUUUAAACACAGGCUCCAUUUCUCGUAAUACCAAAUUAUGUCUACCAGACAUGCUAUUGGCUGUAUGUAAACCCAACAAUUUAUUUUCAUUUAUAUGCAUCUUUGUCGUUUUGUUAAUUUAAAAUGACAUUGGAAUUCUACUAAGAAUUAGGAAAUGUAGAGAUUUAUUGAAAAAAGAUAGAAGCUUAUUCAUUUCUUUCUAUGUCCCAGUCAUCUGAAAUGCCAUGAAGUUACCCCAAGACAGUCCAAGUACAGCCCAAAAAAAUCUGUUAUUCUAAUAAAACACAAAGCUAGAGGUAGAUGAGAUGGUAAAAAAUGUAUCUGAUAAAAUUUAAAUAGAUUUAAUGAUGUACAUACAAAAUGCAUAGAUAUUAUAUAUGUAUAGAUAUUUAUUACACUAAAAUGUUUUCACCUUUUAAUUAAGUUCAGAAAUCAAUAUUUGGUGGAAUAACCUUGGUUUUUAAUCACAGUUUUCAUGCAUCUUGGCAUGUUCUCCUCCACCAGUCUUACACACUGCUUUUGGAUAACUUUAUGCCACUCCUGGUGAAAAAUCAGUUCUGCUUGGUUUGAUGGCUUGUGAUCAACCAUCUUCCUCUUGAUUUAAAUUCCAGAGGUUUUCAGUUUUGUAAAACUAAAAAAAAUCAAUGUUUAAGUGGUCUCUUAUUUUUCCAGAACUGUAUUUAUUGCGAUUUUUAUUAUUUUUGGAUACACAGAGUGAUUUCGCUUAUGUCAUGACAUGUUGGAUCAUUGACCUUUUGGGUUUUUUUAGAUUGCAGAAUUUAGCCCUAUAUUUUAAUACAGUUUAAUCCUCUAGAGGAGGAGCCCUUGUAGGGAUUUUUUGUAAUUUAUCCUAAAGACAAAGACUGCCAGCAUGUAUUUUAUACAUACUGUUCAUAAUCUUUCACACACUCUCUCACUUUCAUCUCUCUCUUUCUCGUCCUCACUCUCCUGCUCUUGCUCUCUUGCCCUCACUCUUUUCUGACACCCCCCACAAAAGGGUUUUUAUAAAGAGGGCCAAGUGGUUGUUGGUUUACUUGUUGUUUGCUUGUUUUUUGUGUUUGCUGUUCACACAUGCUUACUCUGCACUACUCACUACAUUCCCUGUCAGCUCAUUUUCUCACACAUAAAUCAAGCAGUUCCUGAGGCACUCUUUCAAUCACAAGGCCAAGCUCAAGCACAUUCGUUUAAAUUAUGAGGACAAAUUAGUGUUUUAUAAUUGUCCUUUAUUAUAAGUUGUUUUUUUUUUUCUCCUUUUUUUCUCCUUUUUUCUCGGAUGUCCAAGAAGCUAAUGGAGCAUAGGUCUUGCACAUUAACCCACCCUUCGCUGUUUCUUGCUGUUUGUGUAUAUAUAGAGUAUCUGCAUGUGUUUUUAAUAAUGACAAUCGACUUUCCGCGCUAAUUAUUCCAUAAUUAGAAGUUUGUUUUUUCUUUGUUUGUUAUUUUUAGAUCUAGAUAUUUAAAACACCAGCACUUUAAGAUUAGGAAGGCAUCAAUGUAUAGGACAGUGUGAGGAAGCUGCUCCUCAAAGCUAUUAAAUGUUAAGCUAUUUACAUUUUCUUCCCCUCAGUUAAAAACACCACAAGUGCAAAUCUCUAAAAAUGACGAAUAUGUAUCAGUGUAUUUCCUGUUUAGACAGUAUUUUUAUUUUCUUUACUAGAGGAUGAUUUCAUAGUGGCAAGAUUGAUUUAGCAAAUUAUUCUAUUUUUUAAAUCAAUUUAAAUGUUGCUGUGAAAAGUAGAAGAAGUAUAAAAACACUUAUUGAAGCUUUUAGUAUAUUUAAGGUGAAAGGUCAAGCAUUAUUGAGGGCGUGUUUACACCAUCAUUCAUGUUACAAACAUCUGUUAAUGUCUUUCUGACACAGUGUCAACAGAAUCUGCUCAACAAAAACAGUUUAUGCAAUGUUUCGUAAAGCUGAUGUUCAUUGUGAACAAUAUCAUUAUAAUAUUGUUUUCAUAGUUCUAAUAAGAGUGUUAAUCUUGACUUGUCUGUCCAUUAAUUUACAUAUAUUUGUAUAGUUUUUCUUCAUUUGGAUGUGCAUCAAGCAGAAGAAAGCCAAAUAAUUCCCAAGUUCAUCCAACACUGUGUUCAUUCCUAUAUCAAGCAAGAUUUCCAGCAAAAAUCUACUCAUCAUAUUUGAAAUGCAGUUCAUGUUACUGAUAUAUAUCCAAAUAUUAAUUGGAUUUGAUUUGUUUUUGUUUAUUGUUAUUGGAAAAAAAAAGUUAAUCUGACCCAUAUUUUGGUCAGUCUGUCUAUAUGGUGGCGUAUUCAUGCUAGAAUACAUGUAAAAAAAAAAAAAAAGAAAACAAUAAUUUACUGCCAUCUACAGCAGCUACCAAGUGUAUGCCUACAGUGAUACUGAGUAAUCUACCUGCCACACUUAAAAUGUUACUGAUAUAGCCAAAUAUUAGUUGGCUUUUCCUUUUAUCAGUUUGUUUUUGUUUAUCCUGUGUUAAAAGUUGUGGAAUAAAGUUAAUUUGACCUCA